GUCAGCAGAGCAGCCAGCAAAGCAGCCACGAUGAUGACUCGUCCCGGUUCUUGAGCCCUUAUAUGCGUGACGACAGUACUGCCAGUAACUCCAACCGCAGCACGCCUGCCUGCUCCCCCAUCCUGCGCAAACGCUCCCGGUCCCCGACGCCGCAGGACUCCCAAGGAGACACCAUGGUGGAGAAAGGCUCGGACCACUCGUCGGACAAAUCCCCUUCCACGCCGGAGCAGGGUGUACAGCGUAGCUGUUCCUCUCAGUCAGGCCGCAGCGGGGCCAAGAACUCCAAGAAAAGCCAGAGUUGGUAUAAUGUACUGAGUCCAACUUACAAACAGCGGAAUGAAGACUUCAGGAAACUCUUCAAGCAGCUCCCUGACACCGAGCGCCUCAUUGUUGAUUACUCAUGCGCGCUACAAAGAGACAUUCUCCUGCAGGGCCGCCUCUACCUCUCUGAAAACUGGAUCUGCUUUUACAGCAACAUCUUCCGCUGGGAGACACUGCUGACGGUUCGCUUGAAGGAUAUCUGCUCGAUGACCAAGGAAAAAACAGCACGGCUCAUUCCUAAUGCCAUCCAAGUUUGCACUGACACUGAAAAGCACUUUUUUACUUCCUUUGGGGCUCGAGACAGGACGUACAUGAUGAUGUUCAGACUGUGGCAGAAUGCUCUCCUUGACAAGCCUCUCUGUCCAAAGGAGCUCUGGCACUUUGUCCACCAGUGUUACGGGAACGAGCUGGGUCUGACCAGUGAUGACGAAGACUAUGUGCCUCCUGACGAUGACUUCAACACAAUGGGCUACUGUGAAGAAAUCCCCGUGGAAGAGAAUGAAGUCAACGACAGCUCCUCCAAGAGCAGCAUGGAGGCCAAGCCAGAAGCAAGCCCUCAGCUGCCCAAGAAAUCAGUCACUGCCAGCACACUGACAUCCACAGGAAGCAGUGAAGCACCAGCCUCGUUUGAUGGAGUGCUACCAGAGGAGGAGGAGGCAGUGGCAGAGAGUCCUGUGGACAAAGACAUUGGCAUUGCAAAUAUCAUGGCAGAGAAGAUAGAGAUCAUCAGCCCCGUGAACUCCCCUUCCCUAGACUUCAAUGACAACGAAGACAUUCCCACUGAGCUCAGUGACUCCUCAGAGACCCAUGAUGAAGGGGAAGUCCAAGCCUUUUACGAGGAUCUGAAUGGGCGCCAGUAUGUGAAUGAGGUGUUCAACUUCAGCGUGGACAAGCUGUAUGAUCUGCUCUUCACAGACUCCCAGUUCCAGAGGGACUUCAUGGAACAGCGCCGCUUCUCUGAUAUUAUCUUUCAUCCCUGGAAGAAAGAAGAAAAUGGCAAUCAGACCAGAGUGAUCUUGUACACCAUUACCCUCACCAACCCUUUGGCCCCCAAAACUGCCACUGUCACCGAGACACAGACAAUGUACAAAGCCAGCCAAGAAAGCGAGUGCUAUGUCAUAGAUGCAGAGGUGCUAACCCACGACGUCCCCUACCAUGAUUAUUUCUACACCAUUAACCGCUACACGUUGACUCGUGUUGCCAGAAACAAAAGCCGACUCAGGGUUUCCACAGAGCUGCGUUACAGGAAACAGCCUUGGGGGCUGGUGAAAUCCUUCAUUGAGAAGAACUUUUGGAGUGGCCUCGAAGAUUAUUUCCGUCACUUGGAGAGUGAGCUGACCAAGACAGAGAGCACGUACCUGGCUGAGGUGCACAGACAAUCCCCCAAAGAGAAGGUGAGCAAGCAAUCGACCGUGCGCCGGAGGAAACGUGCCCAUGCCCACCUGCGGGUGCCACAUCUGGAGGAGGUGCUGAGCCCCGUCACCACCCCCACUGAUGAGGAGGUUGCUCAUCGCAUCAAGCAUGUGGCAGGUUCCACUCAGACACGUCACAUCCCUGAGGAGAGCCCCAGCGGCUUCCACCUGCAGAGUGUCUCCAAGCUGCUCCUCGUCAUCAGUUUUGUUCUGGUGCUGCUGGUCAUUCUCAACAUGAUGCUGUUCUACAAGCUCUGGAUGUUAGAAUAUACUACACAGACACUCACGGCGUGGCAGGGCUUGCGGCUACAGGAGAGGUUACCCCAGUCUCAGACAGAAUGGGCUCAGUUACUAGAAUCUCAGCAGAAGUACCACGACUCAGAGCUACAGAAAUGGCGUGAGAUCAUCAAAUCUUCAGUGAUGCUUCUAGAUCAGAUGAAGGAUUCCCUAAUAAAUCUUCAGAAUGGCAUCGGGUCCCGGGACUUCGGGUCAGAUCCAGAGGAGAAACGGAAACGUUUCCACUAACAGGCAGGAAUGCAGGAGGCCAGAGGACGGUGUGCAAUAUGUGUAAAUAGGAUAUAUAAAUAUAUAUAUAUAAAUAUAUAUAUA